AUGGCAGAGAUGCGCAGCAUACGGGGCAGUCUGCAGGCGCUCCAGGAGAGGGUAGGCUCGUACUUCGACGGCGCGGACAACGCCCAGGAUGAGAACGGGGACCCACUCCUCGACGUGGUGCAGCGGUACCCGGAGGAGGCGGCCUGGUUCAUCAAGGUCGUGAUGUUCUUCGGGAGCGUCUCUGGCGUCCUCAUCUCGGUCCCCUGCUGCGUUUUCCUCUUCGUGUACUGGACGCCCUGCGAGCAGUGCAACCGGCCGCUGCGGAUAUGGGUCCUCGUCCACUGCGUGCUGCAGCUUCUGCAGGCCCCCGUGCGGUUGGUGUUCUUCGUGCGCCUGCGCCAGACCCAGCAGCGCAAUGGGGACGUCCAAGGAUGCGUCCAGCAGCUCACGCAGUCUUCGGCCUGGAGGACUCGGGAUGAGCAAGGCGGUUUCCAUCGUCACUUACGGAUGGUUCGUUCUGGGAGUGGUAUGGCUGCUGAACUCUACGACGUGCAGGCCAUGUCCGGGUCUCUACAGGCUGACCUUAGCGGUGAUAUCAACCGCGGUUGCCAGGCUGGCCAUGACGCUGAUCAUCUUCUACCACUCGUUCCCGGACCAGCAAGGCGACAGGCCCUUCCCGAAACCACGAGGAGCCACACAGGAUAUCAUCGACACCAUGCCGCUGGUGAAGUUCUGCCCCCACAGCCACGGGUGUCAGGAGACGAGCUGUGCUGUGUGCUUGGGCGAUUUCGAGGUGAAUUCCGAAAUGCGCCAGCUACCCUGCAACCACCACUUCCACAAGCCGUGCAUCGACAAGUGGCUGAAACGAAAUAA